UACUCUGUGCGGGCAGUGCAAUUGUGUAUCCGUCUUGAUUUGGGCAAUCCGAGGCGAACGCAGUGAACCCGCGAAUUCAGGACUCCAGGAUUAUACUAGGACCGCGACUAUCGGUGUAGGCGAAUCACCUGUUGAUUUCCACGAGGAUCGUCGUGGCGUGAGUGCAGAUCAACAUCCGGCUGUGAAUAAUGUCGGAGACCAGCGGGGAUAAUGCCAAAUACAAGUGGACGCCCGAGAGCACUGCGUUACUCGUCUCGGUAUGGUCCGACCGGCAGGUACAGAAACAGCUUGAAUAUGCUCCCCGGCCACAGGUAAUCUGGGAGAGCGUAGCUCGCUACAUGAAGAAGAAGGGCUACAAUGUCGCGGGUAAGCAAUGCCGGUCGCGUAUGAAGCAAGUCCUGGUGUGCUACCGUGAGGCCAAGCGGGCAGGCACUCAUGAUUGCGUGGAACAGUACUAUGAGACCGUCGACCGCGUACUGAAGAGCAAGCGUCUGGAGCAUAUCAACAUCAAUGGUGUGGACACUGUGGACUCAACUGUAAAGUCACCACCAAAGGAUGUAAAGACUAACAAGAAUCUACAAAUGAGACUGAAAGUUCAGGAACCUGUGCAAUCUCUCUUUCGAACGAACGCUCUGUCCCCAACGUGGGUGAUGGGAUAUGAAAAUGAAUAUCCAGAGUCACCUGAAUCCAACGAGACCAUAAUAGCCAAGCCAUAUAGAGUCUUUUCUCCUACGAGAGACGUUGCCAUAAAUACUGGCGAGCGUUUCACUCAGAUUGGCAAUCAAGCAGUACAGACAAACCCAAUUGUGAUAGAGAAGCCGAUACGAGAAGACUAUCAGCAAAAUUUACUAUCGCCUUUUUCAUACGGAGAGGUUCCUUAUCAAAAUGCAGUGCAGAAUGUACAGAAUCAAAUUAUUCAGGAGAACAUGCAGCAAUAUCAGAAUAUCCAGCAACAAAAUUAUACCGGAUGGAAUCAGUUACCACAGCAAAACGUAUUGGCAAACAAUCGACUCGGUUUCCAGCAGAACGUGCACAAUCAGCCAUAUAUGCCGAAUGGAACAAUGCAGAACAAUGUGAUGCAGAAUCCUAAUGUAGAGAAGAUCGCGCGCCAGCAAAAUCAGCUACACCGAAGCGUACCAUAUACAAAUAAUCAAGCGAUGCCGCAGGAGCCGCGAAAGGUUAUCUAUGGACAAAACAUAACUACAUAUAGGCAAUAUCAAGAUGCAGAACCGCGUCUUACUCGCAUGGCGAACGUUAUUCCAAAUGGAUCGUCACCAGACUAUUCUCCAGAUGUUUCUCAGAACUUAAAUGAUGCUUUCUGCGAGUCGAAGAGCGAUGACAAGACACAUAACUUAAAUGAGACAUACAGUCGAUCUAAUAAUCCUACGGCGGAUGCAACUAUUCUGACGAACAAUGCAACUUGUAACGAUGACACUUUGUUGCUGGAAUUGUUGUUGGAUUCACCUACUCCAUCAGAGAAUUGUGGAAAAUCGCGGGAUAGUGCUGUGAAUACAGAUAUUGAGUUAGGAAUACCGAAUGCACCAUUCAGGAAGAAGAAAGCACAGAAAUUGGAGCAGCUUGUACUUAAUGCGAUUAAUUCUCAAAAUGAAGUCGUCAAUAAGAUCUUGGCUGCGCAGAAUGACAUGGUGACGCGAUUUCUCGACGUUGACAGAGACCGGCAAAAUAGGCUCGAGAACAGGUUGGAUGAUUUGUUGAAUGUUGUUCAUGCUACAGUACUCAAUAAGAACGAAACACCUCCAUCACCACCACCACCGAUGCCGGAAACUGUGAUCACUUCCUUACUUCCGCCACCGAAGCCCGGAAUGAUCCCACCUAAAUUGGAUCUGGUUCCUCCGAAGCCUUGUCGCGUUCCUUGUACAAUUCCGAAUUCGAACGUCGAGCUAAUCAAUCAGAAUCCUGUUCUGACUAGACCUGGCGUCGUGUCGCCAAUCACUGUUAGCCCAGCAGGCAAGAAGCUCGGCACAAUAUGGACAAAAUUGGGUCCAGUGUCCACAUCGCCGUUCGUGAAGGCUCAGCAGCGACUUGGUUUUCAGCCUGUCUUCAACAAUGACGCACGCACAAAAUCGUCGGCAGAAAGACGCAUUGCUAGGGAAAUAAGCGGGCUGCGUAUGGACAUGCGAGGCUUGAUAUAUGAAACAUCGAAGCUAUUGGAGGCAGAGCGUGAACUCGAGGAGAAGAUAGAAAACGCGCGGCUGGAACUGAAUAUGGGUCAGACUUUGACCGCGCGUAGAAAACUGUUCACGCAGCGGGAACCCACUCCCAUCAUGAUACUAACUGCAGCUUUUUUGGAUACCGAAUGUCGCGCAUACGAACAAGAUCCGCCUUAUCAUGGCACCUGGAAUUCGCGGAAGGAGAUACUCAAAUAUGCGCGACAGGAUAACCUGGUAGCCGGACAGGGUGAGAGUUACGAGCGUAUGUGUCAAUUAAACGCGGCAGUUCGACGUGAUUACCUGAAUUACGAACCAUGCGAUUCAUCGACUCCAGCAAAACCGUUCAACAUUGGCGAGAACGUCAAUAAUGAAGCUGGAGUGCAGAAACAAACCAUUCAGCAACUCGCGCGGCUCGUGAUGAACAGCGCGAGAUGGCGACAUUCUGCUCCACCGAACCAGCAGCAAAAUUCAGUCUGUCCUCCAAUUCAAACGAUAAAUAAAAAUGUUCAGGACGUCGAGUACAAUGUGACCUUCACUGCUCCAAAGGCAAAUGCGCCUCCACCUCCUGAUGAACUGCAAGGAUUUAUGAAAGAUUACGACGUGCAGCAGAAACAAGGUAAUCAUACUAAAGUAGCUUCUGACGGUAAACCAUUGGCAAAUGAUCUGCGUCAACCUAAAUUCCCGAUGGGUUUUACCACUACUAUGUUAAUCACCAAUGAUAAAAAAAACGCAACUUUACCGAAACAAAACGGCGGAAUAUCUAAAGAAUUGGGAUUCGACAAUCCGGUGACCGAUCGCAGAAACAAUGUUCGUUUCAUGGAUGAGGCAUUGGCCGAACUACAGAAAAUGUAUAUCGAGCGUCAGAAUAGUGAAAUGUCCGAAGCAUUAUUGCCUUUUGUCAUAAGUAACGGUAAUAGUGCAAUAAGUCUACAAAAUCGCAAUUUGAUAGAGCGUUAUGUGAACGACUUGAUAUCGAAAAAGUCGACUAGAGACAAGGACACAGACUCAGAUAAUGAUGAGGAAUAUCUUGACACUACCACUAGUAUGCAUCCAACUUGCGUGGUGCGUAGAGGCUCACUGACAUCAAACGGCACAGCAUCGACAGAAACUGCUUUUUCGGCGAAACUUAAAGCUAAUCACUGUAGAAUUAGUUAAGCACAGGGUAAGACAAAAAUAGAAUCAUAUUUUUUAUAUUUGUUUUCACUUGCGCGAUCAGUUUUCUUUAUACAUAAUUGCUCAAUUGUGUGUACUAGGUUCCUCAUCACUUGUUACUUCAUGAUAUACUUAUUGUUUUUCAAUCAACAUUAUAUUCUAAUAAAAAUAAAAUAAUGGCCUUAUAAUAGUUCAUCGCAGAGCUGAAAGUUUAAGUUAGCGAUACAAUCCUUAAAUACUAGCAAAUAGAAAGCUAUAAAUAGCGAUAUUAGUUACAUCUUUUCCAAACAGACUUAAUGUUGAAUCUUUAGAAAUCAAAAAUGAUAAUAUGCUCACGUAUUUUUCAUUUUUUUUAAUAAUAAAGAGAAAGAAAGAUACAUAAAAAAACAGUUGUUGAACUAAUCGAUUUGAUAUGUAUCUAAGUAGAUCUUUUAUUACUGUUUUUCUCUUCGCGAAUUAUAAUCUUGUUUUUUUUCUGCUUUUUAUUACUUUUCUUUAAAAUUUCCUAUUGCAAAUAUCUCCAUCUAACAGUGUCCAAUUAACAAAAUUAUUUAAUUUUGAUUCUACUUUAGGCCUCAUCUACAAUAGUCGCACAGAUUGUGUUGCAUGUCGCAAGUAGUAGCGUCACAAGAAAAGUCGCAUGUUGCAGUGUUGAGUGUCGCUAAAUGAGCAUCUACAAUAGUCGUAAGGAUUAUUUGCAAGCAAUUUGACAACAAAUUCUAUCAUCAAAUUUGCUGUGUUGUGCUGAUUAGCUGAGCUCAUGCGACACGUUUGUCGCAGAAAGUUGAAAGUGGCUUAACUCCGUACGAUGAGACAUGCUCUUGCGAUUGCAACAAUCAUGUGACUAGAAGCAACACUCCUGCGACAUUCUCAUACGACAUGCAGUCUGUGCGACUAUUAUAAACGAGACUUUUAAUUGUUACUAUGAAUAGAAGACACAAAUAUAUCAUAAAAUGAAAAUUUUUUGCUCCUAAGAUUACUAAACGAAUAAUAGUAUAUAUGAUCAAGUAUUUUAAUAAUUUUUUAUUAGCAAAUUAAAAAUAAAAAAAUAAUGAUAUAUAUGUGUAUAAUGUAAUUAAUAUCAGAAUUUCAGUGUUUAAAAAUUCAAGUGAACUCUUUAUACUUUCAUUAAUUCUUGGAUCUUCAAUCAGUACAUUAGUAACACCAAUUUAGUUAUUAUACCAUUAGUUUCCCUGUUUUACAUAUUCAUUCUUCUCAGUUUGUUUAAAAAAAAAAA